AUGCUGAAGUACCCAGAGGAUACGCCAGAUCUUCCUCCUCCCACUUACGAGGAGGCUAUCAGUGAACAGCACACGGGAGUCUCUUCUAUCGCUCCCCCACAUCCUCCGCGGCCCAAGCCAAACCAUCUAGUUCCACCUCUUCCGAAUAGAAGAACAAGCAACCUGAGUACCAAUAGUAGCAGUGGCAAUAGCUACAAUAGUCAAAACUUGUAUUCAGCUAACUCAUCACUUCCGUUUAAAUACGAACGUGGCUACCUUUGUAGCAAAUGUAAGAACUCUGGCUACAAGGUCAAAAACGGCCGCCUAUGUCGGGAUUGCUGGGACAAGUUCUACUUGCGGAAAAACGCCUACAAUCCCAACCCUGACUUGCCGUUCAAAUACCCUGUCAAGUACUUCUGUGAUAAAUGUAACAAUACGGGGUACAAGUUGAAAAACGGAAAAUCGUGUAAAGACUGUUGGGAACUAUUCAGCCCACGUAACAGGGUCGGGGGCAGUUCUUCUUAUGGAAGAAUGAAUAUUACUUCUCCUCCAGUAGCAGCAACGGCCAUGGGAGGUUUUGGACCGAUGGCUCCCAUGAUGGUUCCACCAGUGGCGCCAUUGAGGGUUCCUCCUGGAGAUCCUCGCCUCGGUGGUGUUCCCUGUGGACGAUGUAGAGGUACGGGAAUGAUCACAUUCUUGUUAGACCAAGACCUAUGUCCCGUUUGUCGUGGAUUGGGAAGAGUAAUACACGGACCGCCACGGGCCCCUAUGCCACCUCCUCAACACUAUCAACAGCCAUUUGCCCCACCUCCUCCGCAUCCAUCCAGACCACAAUAUCCAUAUGGAAAGAGCUAG